AUGGCUCUGCUGACCCGAGCCUCACGCAUCCCUCUCCAGCUCUCGGCCCAGCGGGCCCUCUCUCUCCACACGACCGUCCCCUCGCUGUCGUCCUCCUCCCCCUCCGGCUCAACUCCGGCCACAUAUGCCCGCCCUCCUCCCCCCUCGGCCUCGCUGCCUCCGGCUGGCCUCUCCAAGGCCGCCGAGUUCGUGAUCUCGAAGGUCGACGAUCUCAUGAACUGGGCCCGCCGUGGGUCCAUCUGGCCUAUGACCUUCGGCCUCGCCUGCUGCGCCGUCGAGAUGAUGCACACCGGAGCCGCCCGAUAUGAUUUGGACCGAUUCGGCAUCAUUUUCCGGCCCAGCCCUCGCCAGUCUGAUUGCAUGAUCGUCGCCGGCACUCUCACCAACAAGAUGGCCCCCGCUCUCCGCAAGGUUUAUGACCAAAUGCCCGAGCCUAGAUGGGUCAUCUCUAUGGGAAGCUGUGCAAAUGGGGGUGGUUACUACCAUUACUCGUAUUCCGUUGUUCGGGGUUGUGACAGGAUUGUCCCUGUUGAUAUCUACGUUCCUGGCUGCCCUCCCACUGCCGAGGCCCUACUUUACGGCCUUCUCCAGCUCCAGAAGAAGAUCAACAGACGCAAGGAUUUCCUCCUUUGGUGGACCAAGUGA